UCCCAUCUUUCUUCUGGCAUAACAUCGAGCAAACAUCUUCCAAACAGCAUUUAGCCCCUCGUACUUUUGCCUUCAUCCGUCUAAAAAAGAAUCUGACAUUUACAUGCGCUCCAACUGUGCGUAUAUUUUGGCCACAAGGAACAGCUUUAUUACAUCUGUCAGGCCCCACCUAAUAGCUAUCUCGCAAGAGUGACACAAUGCAUGAACUGUUUCUCACUACGACCAUCAAGGAUGUCGACCUAGAGAAAGCUUGUGCGGUCCUUCAGGGAUUGACCUGGAUGUCAGCACGUCACAACGUCUAUCGCGUCAUAUACUACGCUGGUCAGCCGAAGCCGAAAGGCCUGCCCAAUGUGAAAUCAUUGCCGCCCUCCCGCCACACAGCCACGUGGAAUGAGCUACAUAGGGAGUUCAGUCGCUUAUCCUACGUGUUCCAAUUGGUAUAUGAGGUGUUCGUCGAUAAAGACUUCGGCACGGGAGGUGCUGCUGAUCUCAACAGCAUGGGAGGCACCCUUCGCUGGACAGGAUUCCCAGACCCCCCACGAGAAAAGGGACAGUUAACGACGCAUCGCAAAAAGAUCGAGAUACCGGAACAAAAGCAGCUGCUCGCUAUCAUGGCAAGCAAUGGACAAGCGUGAGCAUUGAUCAAACUUACAAUAACCCUUGAUUCAAGCUAAAUACAUAUGUAGGCAAAAGACGGAGCUGAUCCAGG